AUGACGACUUUGCAGUUCUCGUGGGCAGAUGGCCUGCGAGCAGCACUCUCGUCAUGUCUGUACUGCUUCCCAUCCAGCGACCGCGACGAUCAUCCGCACGAGCCACUUCCGCGAGCGCGCCCUGACGAGCUCGAGGGCUUGUUGGCUGACUCGGACUCGGGGGAUGCUGAGACCCUCUCUUUACAUUCAAAUCUCGGCGACGAACGACGGCGGAAGAAACGGAAACGUACUCCCAAAGGCAUCAGGGUCUUCGGAUACGACUUGUUUGGCCGGCAGCCGAUCCACCUUCCCGAGUCCGACGACGAAGGUGGGGGGCACAGUCGCUCAGGUACGCGUGCGCGGACCAUCUCGUCUUCGUCCACGCUCGACUCGGAUGCCGCGCCUCUCGAUGCGUCUGCCCUGGACGAGGCAUCCGUCGCGCGCCUGGCUGCCGCCACCGCAGCUGCGGAAGAAGAGCAGAGGAAGGCGAAAGAGGAGCGUCGACGGCUGAGAAGGGAAAGGAAGGAGCUUAAGCGCAUGGCACUGGCCAUGGCGAUGGGUCUGCAGCCGGGCCAGGAGCAGGGCUUUGAAGGUUUCCCAGUGAGUACACGACACGCAGUCCCUCAGGCGAUCUGUAGCUCAACCACCCCUCAGGGAAGUGGGCAGCACGCGUCACACGGACACCAUGCGAGUAUCGGCUCAAUCUCGACGACCAGCUCGCCAUUUUCAGAGGAUUUUGGGACGUUUACGCAGGGCCAGCCACUCAUCCUUGAGGAUGAUGCAGAGGCGGAUGGUGCGGAUUUUGGCGGCGAGUCGUAUGCCCAUCACACGCCUCACGGUGCAUCAUCUGGCGGUUCAGACUCGCGCUCGCGCACGUCUGGAUCAAACUCCAACGCGGAUCCGUCACAGUACAACCACCACUAUCUUUCACAACAUCAGCCACCCCCCAUUUCCCCACUUCCCACUAACCCGGAGGCCCCAAGGCAGAAAAAACGACGGUCAACUCUUAUAAAAUCUGUGUCGUCCAAGCAGUACGAAACGCUAUCGGCGACGUCGCAAUCUACGUCGCUCUCAUCGCCCCCGGCAAAUCAGACGGAAUUCGCACCCCACGAGGAGAGCGCGUUCGAAGGCUUCCCGGGAGGCACGCUGGAUCUCGCGCUCUCGCAUGCGCAUGCGCAAGAGGCGAAAGUCCCAGAGGACGGGUUCCCCAGCGUAGGCCUCCGCGGAGUGCAGCGCACAAAGAGUGAUAUGGGAGUAUUCCUGGCGAGAAGGGGUGAUGAAUGA